UUACGGUCUUAUUCAUAAUCAUUUUUCACAUUUUAUCAAAUGCUUAUUAGAGGUUUAUAAAACGUUUGAUAAAAAUUGUUAUUCAUAAUCGUCAUUUAGCGCUAAAAUCCUCUUAUAACUGUGUGAUAAGUUAUCGAGAGCUCGGGCCUUGUUUAAAGCUCUAAUAAACCUAUUUUAACCUAACUUUUAUAAAUGUCAUUUCAUAUGAAUGUCACUUCGUUGGUUUAUUUAUUCAAAAUAUCCUUGCUGUGAUCCUUGCUUGUGAAAAUGAAUGCUAUAAAUGCAAUUGUGCAUUUAGCCAAUAAUGCCGACCCAGCGCGACGUAGAAAGCUCUACCGCCAACGAAGCAACCCAUUCGAUUUGCGGGACCUAAAUUUUAAAAUAAAAUAUAGGUUCAAUAAGGACACAGUGCGCACCAUCAUAGAUUUGGUGGAAGAUGAUCUGGUUCAGAGCGCUAGAGGUGGUGGCACGUGUCCUGAACUGCAAGUUUUAGUGGCCAUAAGAUGUUGGGGACGUCGUGAGGUACAAGAUGAUGCUGGUGACCUCCAUGGCCUAAGUCAGCCGACAGUGAGCCGGAUAUGCGCCAGAGUCGCGCAUGCAAUCGCGAAUAAGGCAAAUUCCUUCAUCAAAAUGCCUAUCACUAUAGGAGAGCAGGAAAGAAUUAGUGCCAAAUUUAGAGCAAUUAAAAAUUUUCCUGGGGUGAUAGGAGCCAUAGAUUGCACCCACAUUAAAAUUAAAAAAACCGGAGGUGACAUGGCCCAGUACUAUAUUAAUAGAAAAGGCUAUUAUUCCCUGAAUGUUCAGGUUGUCUGUGAUGCUGACCUCAAAAUAAUGGAUAUAGUGGCUAGAUGGCGAGGCAGUACACAUGACAGUCGAAUUUUUAUGGAGAGCAAUAUAAAACAACGAUUUGAGGAUAGGCAGUUUAGAGGACGCCUUAUUGGCGAUUCGGGCUACCCUCUUCUGCCAUAUCUAUUUACACCUAUUUUAAGGCCUAGUCGUCCAGAAGAAGAAGCAUACAAUAAUGCUCACAUCUCAACUAGGAACACUGUUGAAAGGUGUUUUGGGGUGUGGAAGCAGCGGUUCCAAUGCCUACUCCAUGGCUUACCAGUAAGCCUCCAAAAUGGAAAAGCUGUGAUCAUAGCAUUGGCUGUAUUACAUAAUAUAGCCAUUGAUAUGAAUGUCACAUUGUUAGAACAACAUAUGGAGCAGGUCCCUGUAACUCCGCAACUUUCGACGGAGAACAGUGUUCACGACAACCGACCUUCAUUGUUGAGGCGUAGGUCGCAGUUGAUACUACAAAAUUUUAUAAAUCAACAUUUUUGAAUGAUACUGUUCCUGGCAUCUUAAUGAAAAUAAAAAGAAUAUUUGAUUGAAAAA